CGACGAUUCCUCUUCAUCUUCCUCUUCACCUAAACCCUCGUAAACCCUCCUCUCCCUUUUCCUCUAGAUUUCGAUUUCCAUGACGAUUCUUCGAUCUCGCGAAACCCCAUCGGUCUCAGCCAAGCCACUCCCUAAACAUUCCGACAUUGAGCCGUCGACUCCUGCUCGGACACUAGAGCCCGAUGUUCACCGCUCGCCGGAUGAAUUGGGUCUUGUUGAUGAACCCACUCACACUACCCGGAGGCGUAGUCUUCGUCUUUCACACCAAUUUGACGGCGAUGAUAGUGUCACUGAAAAAGAGGUUAGUGGCGAGAGAAGAGAGUGGAAUGUGGAUGAUAAGUUUUUGAGUUUAAGGUCAGGGAAGAGAGUUGCUAAGAGAGGUGUUGAUUAUGGAACUGAAAUUGAGUCUAGGAAGUUUGAUUUCGAUAGCGAAUUAGGCGGAAGUAGGAGUAAACGAAAGAGGGUUUGUGUGGAUUUGGUUGAGGAAAAUAUUGUGAAGGAUGAAUUAGAGAAUAGUGGAAAUUUGGUUAAUGGAGAUGUUAAACUCGAUUCAGAAUCCAGCUUUAUGGUUAAUGAGGAGAAGGGAAAGGCAGUGAUGGAAGAUAGAAGUGGUAGUGGUGUGUUAGGUGACUCGUUAGCGGAGAAUUGUGAUGUAGUAGAAGUAGAGAAUGAGAGCAAGAACAAAGGGAAGGGGAUAAUGGAAGAUUCCUAUGGAGAAAGUGAUGUCAUUUGUGUUGAGAGUUUUGAGAAGGCGAGUAGCUCUAUGGGUAGAAGAAAAUAUACUCGGGAGGAGAAGGGAAAGGGUAUUAUUCAGGUGGAGGAUGUUUCUUCUCCAAUUACGAUUGAAGUUGAUGAAGAAGAAAUGGUAAUUGAGAGUUUGAUUAACAAUGAGGAGCCCCCGGUUGUCUCUGUACCAGAAUUGGCUGCGGCGGCGGUUAAUGUAGAACAAACGCAGAAUCAAAAUAGUAAUGAGAUUGGAAACGGUUCAAGAACUCAGCGCUAUCGUGACAUUGCCAAGAGGAAUGCUUCCAGAUUUGCUCGUUUUGAUGCUCAAAUUGAGGAAGAAGAGGACUUGUCAGAUAGAGAGGGUGAACAACAGGUCGAAGAUUGGCCUGGUCCUUUCUCCACUGCCAUGAAAAUAAUUAAGGACAGAGAAGAGAACACGACUCCAUAUGCUGGUAUUGGUGUCUCCAACAAAGAAAAAUCUUCACCUACUAUUUGGGUUCCCAGAAGUAACUAUAGUUUUCCCCCUCGGAGGGCUCCAUCUCUGCAAGAACUAUCCUUGCGAAUUCUUGUCAAGAAUGCUGAUGCCAUCACUUCGCUUGACUAUGUUCCAGACACACUGAGGGUCAAACUUUGUCAAAUGCUUUGUGAUUCUAGGAGAAUGAAUGUACACUUUCUUGAUCUUCUUGUCCAGGGAUCUCCAACAGAAAUUUGUGUUCCAGAUUGCUCAUGGCUGACCGAGGAACAAUUCACUGAAUGUUUUAAGAAUUGCGACACCAGCACCUUGAUGGUUCUUCAACUCGACCAGUGUGGGCGUUGUAUGCCAGAUUAUGUAUUACAUUCCACCUUAGCAAGGUCACCAAAACAGUUGCCGAUGCUAUCUUCUUUAUCUUUAAGUGGUGCAUGCCGGCUUUCCGAUGUGGGGCUACGGGCACUUGUUUCCUCUGCUCCUGCGAUUACAUCUAUUAAUCUCAGCCAAUGCUCUCUUCUAACAUCAUCUAGCAUUGAUAUGUUAUCUGAUUCAUUGGGGUCAGUUCUAAGGGAACUGUAUAUCAAUGAGUGCCAAAACAUCGAUAUGAAACUUAUUGUCUCAGCAUUAAAAAAGUUUGAGAAGUUGGAAGUAUUGUCCCUUGCGGAUAUCCCUUCAGUCAAGGGUCAGUUCUUGAAGGAGUUUGUUACUGCUAGAGGACAAACCCUGAAGCAGCUGAUUUUGACCAACUCUGGAAAAUUAACUGAUUCUUCUAUUAAAGUCAUCUCUGAAAACUGUCCCAAUUUAAGUGUGCUUGACCUGGCUAACGUAUGCAAGUUGACGGAUCCUUCUCUGGGUUACCUUGCAAAUGGCUGUCAAGCUCUGGAGAAAUUGAUUUUUUGUCGCAACUCUUUCAGGCAAGUCUCUAUACCCAUCUGUAUUCAUGCUUACUGGAAGUUAACAGACGCUUCAUAUGUCUCUUUCUAUAGUGAUGAAGCUGUCGCUGCAUUUGUAGAAACCGCAGGCGGUUCUCUGAAGGAGCUAUCACUAAACAAUGUUAAGAAGGUUGGCCACAACACGGCCCUAGCACUUGCCAAACAUUCAGAUAAGCUGCAGAUUUUGGACGUAUCCUGGUGCCGAGAAAUGUCGAACGAUUUAUUAGGCUACUUUGUCGAUAACUGUUCAUCUCUGAAAGUGUUGAAGGUCUUUGGAUGCACUCAUGUGACGGAUGUAUUCGUUAAAGGUCACUCAAACCCUAAUGUCAAGAUCUUAGGUUUGAAGAUGAAUCCCUUCUUGGGUCACCUUACAAAGAACCUUGCUGAUAUCUGAAAGAAACUCUGACAUCUCCCUCUGCUUUGGUUGUUUUUGGAGAAGAAGAGCAGAGACGAAUUUACUAAUUUGUCCAAAUGUUGUUUGGUUUAUAAUUUAAUAUGUAUUAAGGCAAAUAUCAAAUAUCUAAGUCGUAAGUUCUGUUUGUGUUCGAAUGAGUAUGGGUAUAAACUUUUUGAUAUAGG